UUUUUUCAUCGUUGUGGUAUGGAAAUGAUGGAACAAAAGGCCACAUCAUAAUUAAAAUGGUAGUUUAUCUUUUUAUUUCUGUUUGUAUCAUUAAGAUCAAUACUACAUGAUGUAGAUUAUUUUCCUCCGGGAGCACGACCAGUUUUGCCAUGCGAGCUCGAGCUGUGAAACCUUAUAAAUUGCUCUGAUCAGUAGUUUCUGUUUCAGUCCCGUCUACUUCAACUUAAAAAAUAAUAUGACGUCGAACAAUGCAGAAGGAGGACACGGAAAAUCUCGACCCGGGUCAUCCGGUACAACGGGUAUGGGGAUUGCGCCUGUCCCGCCAGUCGAAGAGCCUUUCCGCUUUGUGGAACGAAGGAGAUUGUUACGCCCAAGCAUCGAUGUGCUGGCACGCGCAUUGCAGAGGGCGCACGAUGCCGAUCCCGUCUAUGAGGUUUUCUCGGUGACGGUCGUCGACGAAGGCGAGGCUUGCUUGUUACCGGAGCAUCAACAGCAAGUCAAGCACAUUGUCGCAAGCAGAGCUCCUAGUGUGGCUGCUACGGCUCCAGAGGCUGCAUCAUCCGAGCAGGGUCAGGCGACACGACCAUUGUCAUCAUCUUCUCCAAGCCCGUUUUUUCCAGGUGUGGGACGGAUUACGGGAGAACGGACUGCUCUUGUGGACAUGGGAGGCGUGCCUAAUAUGGACAAUCCUGAACGCCACAAUGUAGAAUUUGACUUGUUCCAACUCCUCGAAAAAACGACUUCAUCUAGUGGAUUUCGGGAUUGCUUCCAUUGUCUUGGUGCAUUUGCCGCAGCUCCAUCUCUUGUCGGGCAAAACGCGGAAGGGAUUCUCAGUUGUGAGGUGGUGGAGGAGGUGGACAGUGGAACAACAGGGAGCAGCAGUGGCAGUAAGAUGAAAGCGAUGUCGAAUAUACAAGCAGCAGCAGGAGCAGCUUCUUCUACCACCAGGACCACGACCUGUCCGGCGAUUUAUAACUACGGACAGAGCGAGUCGAAGUAUACGGAAAUUCUACAAGGACCAGACGGAUCGCGCGUUAAUGCCUUAGGCUGUGUAUCCGUCCCCCCAGGCCACUCACAGAAACUAGAGAUCAUCGGUCGAGCACAGCCAGCGCCAUACGCCACAAAGGACUACACGACGCAUAAGCUCGGCUGCUUGGGAAAUUUCUUCUACGCUGUCAAAAAAGGAGGACAUACUUCCAUGCUGGGCCAACCUUCACCUCCAGUAUCGGUGCAAGAUGAAACAAUAGCAGGAGUACGAGUAGUGUCACCAGCUGGUGGCUCGAGAACAAGAAUCCUGAAAAUUGAGGCGCGCAACCGAAUAUCAAGCAAUACCGGACUUAUUCACAGUUUCACAGGCUAUUUACGACAGCUGUUGGCAGCAUUCGGACAGGUUGAAAUUUUCCAUGACAAGGUGCUGGAUUUGAUUUUUGUAUGACAUAUUUUUUUGAAUUCAUAGGCACAGCAGUUCUACUUGCAAUACAAUUUUUUAUUUCAUUUUACUACCUCACGUCAACCAUAGAAGGAGGAGCUGCACCUGCAACAUAGCAAAACAAAAACUCAGGAACCAGAAGCACCUCAAGCUAUCACGAAAAGCGUUCAUCCAGGAAGCGCUCUGCCGUGUGUUGGUCUGGGUGGCGUGGUCUUCAUGAAAGCGGGCUAUAUUCAGGGUCACGUGAUGCCAGACUUCCUCACCGAGAAAAUCACAUCUCCGCAGAUGGGCGACCGAUGGUUGCGCUUUUUUCUCAAUGGAGCGCCAGGAAAUCUAGUCAUGUUCUCCACCAUGCUUUCGGACAUGAUGUUGAAACCAGAUCAAGCAGAGCGACAGGCCACUUCUUCUGUAUCUGAACGAGGAGACAUCAAGGAGGACUUUGCAGGCCUCCAUUUGCGCACUGAGCACACGCAUUUCUUUGGACAUGGUCCCGCAACGGGGCAAGGCGGGCACUACCAUGGUGACAUUGCCACUGAGAAGAGUGUACUGUUAAGGGUCAAGCCAGUCGGGCCUGUUUCACUGGUAAAUAAUGAUAAUCAGCAGACCUAUGUUGAUAUAAUUUGUAUCAUUUUACUAUGUAGUAUAUCAAGUAGUAGUAGAAGCACCCACCCGAGGUAGUACUAGAACUACUUGUAGUCUAGUACUACUUGUAGUCUAGUACUAGCUCCAGCUGUUCCUGGUAUGAGUACUAAUCAACAUGAGAUGAAGUGUGAUGUCCUCGACGAAACUACUAGGAUAUCACACCUCAUCUCGUGUUGAUUAAGUGGGCUCUGCUCUUGCAUUGCGCACGACGACCUACUAGGACUAGAAGGUAGCACACCCAAAUCCACGACUCUGGUAAUAAGUAUUCGUAUCCUAAUAUGAGUACUAGGUGUACUAGUUGCAGUCUGGUGCUCGUUUAUUUCCAUGCACUGUUCUUUGAUGUGCUUCAGAGCUUAUCAAGUACAAAAAGAAAAACUUUGCAAGAAUUUGAGUCUUGGUCUUCUAAUCAUAGAACGCAGUUUCAGAGGGGAGCAUUCCAGUCGUCAGGAUCAUGAAGCUGUGGCAACACUCUACAAACAUCUUGCGGAACCAAAUGCGCCAGUUCACUACGUAGCCUAUUUUUCACUGGCGGACGAAAUCAUUAAGGCUUACCCUGUUCCAUCUACUUUUUUCGGAAGCAUCGAUCCAUCUCGAAGGUGUCCCAUGAAGAAAGAGAAACUAGAUCCGACUCCGAGAUCAUCGAUCUCAGAAUGGAUUAGGGUGAGCUCUAAAAUCAUACGUGUUAAUGACGCAGUAAAGAUGAUGGCUGCGCGUGAAGACGAAAAUCAAGCGACUGCAAAUCAUGAUGGUGCUGGGGAAAAAGCAAAAGAUAUGACGAGGAGUUGUUGAAGAAAAUCAUAAAAAUUUGUGUUGAAUGAUCAUAUUGAUCUUAUUAACCUUUUAAAAAUAAUCAAUGUGGUUUUUCUUAACAUGUUCAUGUACUACUUUCUCGACACUUUAAUCUCCACUAACACGGCGGGAAGUGGGCGAAACGCUGCGAAGUUGUAGCUGUGCAGAUGCAGGGGAUGUUGCAGUACUAGUUUCAGCUGAAGAUGAGAAGAUUAUACACUCUGCUAUAGGAGGAGCUAGAGGAUGAUGAUCACUAUGUGGAUGCACUGUUUCCAUUCACCUGCAGCUCUUUGCACCGUAGUUUUUGAAACAGCCUAUUUAGCGAUUUUCACUUUCUUGUUGGGAUCAACAAGAUGAUGCUCCCGUCAAUUUUUGAACGUGGAUGUCUCAUUCUGCAAUUUUGGAUUUAUAAUCUUAUCUCAAAGGAGCAUUCAUGUUUUUACAAGUAAGUGCAACAUUUUCUUUGCCGUCCACGGGCACGCAUUUCGCUUGGGCAUAACAAGAUGUUGAAGUCCUCGUGAGUGAACAAAAAAUACAUGUAAAAUGUGAAGAGAUAUAGAUUGGUUGAAAAAAGGUAAAGGAUUGCCAUUGCGUGGAAGGAAACCAACUCCAUUUUGAUGAUAUGUACGUAUGAGUGCUGUAUAUCAC